AUGGCCUCGGUUACGCAGACGAACCUGCCUCUGCCGCUCGUCGCGCGCGGCAAGGUGCGCGACGUGUACGACUCGGAGCUCACCGAGGGAGAGUAUGCGGGCGCCCUUCUCUUUGUCGCGACCGACCGUAUCUCGGCGUUUGACGUGAUCCUCCAGAACGGCAUCCCGGAAAAAGGGCGCAUCCUCACCGGCAUGUCGGAAUUCUGGUUCGACAAGAUCGCCCAGGGCAUUAUCAAGACGCAUGUGCUUGCGACAAGGUGGGACGACUUUCCCGAGGCGCUGCGCACGCGCCUCGCGAGCGUGCGCGACCAGGUCGACGGCCGCUCGAUGCUCGUGCGCCGUGCGCGUGUUAUCCCCGUCGAGGCCAUUGUCCGUGGCUACAUUACCGGCAGUGGCUGGGCGGAGUACAAGCGCAGCGGCACGGUGCACGGAAUCAAGCUGCCUGAGGGACUCGUCGAGAGCCAAGAGAUCCCCAACGGCCCCAUCUUUACCCCGAGCACCAAGGCGGAGCAGGGCGAGCACGACGAAAACAUCCACCCCGACAAGGUCGCGGAGCUCGUCGGCAAGGAGCUCGCUAUGAAGCUCGCGGACGCUGCCGUGAAGCUGUACGCCAAGGCGGCCGAGCACGCGCGUGCCAAUGGCAUCAUCCUCGCCGACACCAAGUUUGAGUUUGGUCUGCUCCCCGCCGACGGCCAGGGCUACGACGGCGAGCUGAUUCUCGUCGACGAGGUCCUCACGCCGGACUCGUCGCGCUUCUGGUCCGCGGACUCGUACGCGCCGGGCAAGGGCCAGGCCAGCUUCGACAAGCAGUACAUCCGCGACUGGAUGAAGAGCAAGGGCCUCGACACGGCCGCCAAGUCGGGCACGCCCGUCACCCUCCCGGACGAGGUCGUUGAGGGCACCGGCGAAAAGUACCGCGAGGCCUUCCAGCGCAUUACAGGACACCCAUUCAAGUAG